GAGCCCUCUAAGAAAUCCCGUACGUCGAAGCCGUCCACUAAACGCGCUGGCCGCAGCUCCGACCGAAAUAAGGCAGGCAAAGACCGCGCAGACAGGGAAACCAAGAUGGCGGCGAAGCUCAGGUCCGGCCAGGUGGUUUGUCCGGAGAGUGUGGCAAACGGAAAAGACGUGCAGCCUGCCCCGAACCCCGUAGAUGCUCUCAACACGUCUGUGACAUCAAUCGUCCCUGCGACACAGACGGGGCUCCUAGCAGCGUCGGGGUUCGCUUCCGAGGUGCCGACGGAAGACGUAGUAACACCGGUAGAGCAAACGCAGGCCUCCACUGCGAGUGACAUUCGUGCCCCGACGCCGCGCUUCAUUUCCAGCAACUCUCACGCCAGAUUUAAGUUGGAGGAGAAGCGAAAGAUAUCCGUCGUGUCCUUUGAAGCCGGCGUCAAGGAACCGCAAACGAACGACAAGGUGCCCUUCGUGAAACGAGAGUCCACGGCCUUGGCGCACUUGGAAGAACUGGGCCCGAGACUCGCGCACGGGAGGAGGAGUUUGUCGACGAUUCUCAAGACAUCGGCCACACCGACACGCUUCGCCCGGCGGGCCUCCUCGGUCGACUUCGGUCCCGGAAAAUACACUCUCAUCAGGUGCGAACGCCUCACCAGGCGUCUUGCAUCCUCGUGCUAAAUCCUUGUUCAUUUUGACCUGCACACAAUUGCCCCGAAUACUUUUCAAGAUUGCCUCAGAAGCGACUACCUAAAAUAUUAA